CAUUAUUAGGUGCAGAGACGUGCACACUCGCGAGAGCGUCGGACUCCACAGUCCCGGGCCUUUAUUUAAGGCCGCCGAUGCAAGCCACGGCCCACGGCACGACAGAAACAUAUUACAUGCUCGAUCUACACCUCAGCUUUCAAGAGCGCAGAACCUUACAAUGCCUUCCCACGGGACUCCGCCACAUGCUACUGCCAACGAUGGCACGGCGUCUUUCCUCGCCGACAAGUCGGCUAAGGUCUUCCUCGCCGGCCACAGAGGCAUGCUGGGCUCCGCCGUGCACCGCCGCCUCACCGCGCUGGGCUUCACCGACAUCGUCGGCCGCACCCGCGCCGAGCUGGACCUCACCUGCGAGGCCGCGGUGCGCAAGUUCUUCGACGCCGAGCGGCCCCGCUACGUGAUCCUCGCCGCGGGCAAGGUGGGCGGCCUCCACGCUAGCGCCGCCGCACCGGUGGACUUCAUGACCGAGAACCUCCGCAUCACCACCAACGUCCUCACCGCCGCCCGCCUCUGCGGCACCGUCCGCAAGCUGCUCUUCCUCGCCACCUCCGCCGUCUACGCCGUCGACGCCCCCCAGCCCAUCCCGGAGUCCGCGCUCCUCGCCGGCCCUCCGGCGCCGGGGAACGAGUGGUACGCGAUCCCCAAGAUCGUGGGCAUCAAGAUGUGCCAGGCGUACCGGGCGGAGCUCGGCAUGGACGCCAUCGUGGCGGCGCCCAACAACCUGUACGGGCCGCGGGAGCCGUUCCCGCCGGAGAACUCCCACGUCAUCCCGGCGCUGAUCCGCCGGUUCCACCACGCCAAGGCCGCCGGCGCCGCCGAGGUCGUCGUCUGGGGCUCCGGCCUCCAGCUGCGCGAGUUCACGCACGCCCAUGACGCCGCGGACGCCGUCGUGCUGCUCAUGGACAGGUACUCCGGGGCCGAGCACGUCAACGUCGGGAGCGGCCGCGAGGUGACGGUGCGCGAGCUCGCGGAGAUGGUGAGGGAGGUGGUCGGGUACGAGGGCCGGGUCGUCUGGGACACGAGCCGCCCCGACGGCGUGAUGAGGCGGCUGCUGGAUAGCUCCAAGAUGAGGGCGAUGGGGUGGGAGCCCAAGGUGGAGCUGAAGGAUGGGCUGAAGAAGCUGUACGAGGGUUACCUGCGUGACUGCGCCACGAACUUGAAAGAAUGAACUCAUAGCAUAUCUGGAUGUGUAUCCAAGACUGAACAGCUGCAGUUUGUUCUGUAAUAAACUUGUUAAUGAAGUAUUUGAACUGCAUGCAGUAUUUGAUGUGGAUUA